AUGGACAGGCAACCGUCGUCAGGGACAUCAGCAGGUACACUGCCAAACCACUCGCGCUACUCAAACAAAUCCGCCAUGUUCUUGGGCCAUUUGCACACGGUUCUCAAUAGCCUAUCUGCGUCUCCUUCGCCCAUUCCACUCGCACCCGCAAUCAAAGCAGGCAAGUUACCGUCAAAUGUUUCUCUCCCUCCGUGGUCAUUCGAUCCUUGGGAAGGCCCUCAGAAGGAUGAACUUAUGGGUGCAAUUGAGGACCAUAUCUCAAGACUAGCGGAGCGCUUGAGAAAAGCUGAAACUAUCUCUGCCGCCUUCUUAGCCGUACAGGCUCAAACUCAGAAUCCUAACAAGGACAAGGAUAAGGACACUACAUCGUCUCACACUUCAGACACAAGCGAAAACUCAAACAAAGCUCCUUCCGAUUCAAACGAACACCAGACUCCGCAGCUUCGCCCUCAGCCUCUCCCCCUCGAUCCUAACAACCCUCUCACGGACUUAGCUGGCGCUGCCGCCAACGCUCUUUCAACGGCUUCUUCAAAUAAUGAAAAUGUUACUCUCGAUAAAUCUCAAUUGGCUCACUUACCCCUUCCAAAUCCACUCAUGUUCCUCGCAAAUCCCAUCGAUCCACACGAAAACCCUAUUGAUCCCUCUGAGGAGUUAAGAUUACUCAAGGCUCAGGUACAGGAUGUCGCAAGAGUCUGUAAGGCUGUUGCUAAUGGUGACUUGUCUCAGAAAAUCGUUGUUCCCGUUCAAGGUCAUGUUAUGGUCGAAUUGAAGGAUAUUAUCAAUUCUAUGGUUGACAGAUUACGUACUUUCGCUACUGAAGUUACUCGUGUUUCCCUUGAAGUCGGCUCCCAAGGUAAACUCGGUGGUCAGGCCGUCGUCGAAGGUGUUGACGGGACUUGGCGAGAACUUACAGAUACGGUAAACAGUCUAGCUGCAAAUCUUACAAAUCAGGUCAGAUCUAUCGCUGAAGUUACAAAGGCUGUCGCUAAAGGUGAUCUAACAAAAACUAUUGAAGUUGAAGCCAAUGGUGAAAUUCUCGAAUUGAAAAUGACGAUAAAUGGUAUGGUUGUACAGUUGAAUCAUCUUGCGGCGGAAGUCACUCGUGUUUCUCUUGAAGUCGGUUCUCAAGGUAAAUUAGGUGGUCAAGCUGAAGAUAAAGAUCUCGAGGGUGUAUGGAAAGAUUUGACAAUUAACGUCAAUCGAAUGUGUACCAACUUGACCAAUCAAGUAAGAUCUAUUGGUUCGGUAACAACGGCUGUCGCCCGCGGUGAUCUUUCGCAGACUAUUAAUAUCUUGGCUGAAGGUGAAAUGGCCCUGCUUAAAGAUACCGUCAAUGGUAUGGUUGGUCAAUUACGUAUAUUUGCUAGAGAGAUCUCUAGGGUGUCUCUCGAAGUAGGUACACAGGGUAAACUUGGUGGACAGGCUGUUGUCGAAGGUGUUGAAGGUACGUGGGCGGAACUAACCCACAACGUCAACAAGAUGGCUGCAAACCUUACAUCACAAGUAAGAGAGAUCGCUCAAGUCACAAAAUCAGUUGCCAAAGGUGACCUUACCAAGACUGUUGAUGUUGAUGUCCAGGGUGAAAUUCUCGAACUGAAAUUAACUGUCAAUAACAUGGUUGCCCAACUUCGUACAUUCGCUGCAGAAGUCGAACGUGUGGCGCGUGAGGUCGGUACAGAUGGUAAUCUCGGUGGACAAGCUGUUGUGCCAAAUGUUGAAGGAACUUGGAGACAGUUGACCGAAUCUGUUAAUCACAUGGCUUUGAACUUGACAACGCAAGUCAGAUCUAUCGCAGAGGUCACUACUGCUGUUGCUAGGGGUGAUUUGUCAAAGAAGAUUGAUGUUGACGUCAAGGGUGAGAUACUCAAAUUGAAACAAACGGUUAAUGGUAUGGUUGGUUCAUUGAGAACGUUCUCCGAUGAAGUAACCAGAGUCGCUCGUGAGGUCGGUACCGAUGGUAAAUUGGGUGGACAGGCUAGAGUUGAAGGUGUCGACGGUACUUGGAAGUCUCUUACCGACAGUGUUAACACAAUGGCUGCAAACUUAACCCUACAAGUCAGAUCUAUCGCUGAAGCAACAAAUGCAGUAGCUCGAGGUGAUUUGGCGAAAAAGGUUUCUAUCCAAUCAUCAGGUGAAAUCCACGAACUCGUUCAGACUAUCAACUCCAUGAUUGAUAGAUUGGCAGUGUUUGCUACAGAAGUCACCAGAGUCGCCAGAGAGGUCGGUACCGAAGGUAAAUUGGGUGUACAGGCUCAAGUCGAUAAUGUUGAUGGUACAUGGCAAGAAAUUACCCAAUCUGUCAAUACUAUGGCUUCCAACCUCACCUCUCAAGUCAGAGGUUUCGCUCAAAUCUCUGCCGCCGCCGUUGGUGGUGAUGUCACUCGAUUUAUUACGGUCGAGGCUUCUGGUGAAAUGGACAGUCUCAAGACUAAGAUUAAUCAAAUGGUAUACAACUUGCGUGAGAGUAUUCAGAGAAACACAGCUGCUAGAGAAGCUGCAGAGUUGGCAAACAGAUCCAAGUCUGAAUUCUUAGCCAAUACCUCGCACGAAAUCAGGACUCCUAUGAAUGGUAUUAUUGGUCUAACAGGUUUGACACUAGAGACUGAGUUGACGAGAACUCAACGAGAGAAUUUGAUGAUCGUUGCUAACUUGGCUUCAUCUCUGCUGGCUAUCAUUGACGAUAUCCUUGAUAUAUCAAAGAUAGAAGCUGGUAGAAUGUCUGUUGAGACUGUACCGUACUCAUUGAGAUCGGUAAUAUUCACUGUGCUCAAGACAUUGGCAACUAAAGCAGCUCAAAACAAGCUAGAUUUGAUUUAUGACAUUGAGCCACACAUCCCUGAUCAAGUCGUCGGUGAUCCGCUCAGAGUUAAGCAGAUUAUUACUAAUUUGAUCGGUAACGCUGUCAAAUUCACUCAGCAAGGUUAUAUCGCGUUGUCUGUGGAGAUGGUCGACGUUCCCCCUAAUGUUAAUGAAGGGGCUAUAAUGUUGCAGUUCUGCGUAGCUGAUACGGGUAUCGGUAUUGAGUCUGAUAAACUGGAGGUUAUCUUCGAGACUUUCGCACAAGCUGAUGGGUCUACAACUAGAAAAUAUGGUGGUACAGGUUUAGGUUUAUCGAUUUCGAAGCGUCUAGUCAACUUAAUGGGUGGUGAAAUGUGGGUUGAGAGUAAAUACGACCAAGGCUCUCAGUUCUACUUCACCGUGCUAUUACAAGUCGAGCACCUUCCAAUAACGUCAAUCAAAGCUAAGCUCGCACCUGUGCAGAAUCGUUGCUUGCUCUUUGUUGACUGCAACAAGGACCAAACCGGAGUCGAGAGUGUUUUCAAGGAGGUUGGAGUACAUUUGAUCAAGGUCCAAUCCGUAGAGGAAGCAUCAAUCAGACACCCGCACGCCCCAAUUAUAGACACGGUAGUUGUUGAUUCUUUCCAAGUGGCUGAAAGACUCAGAGAAGUCGAUCAUUUGAGGUACAUACCUAUAAUACUAUGCGCACCUUUCAUACCGCGUUUGAACCUCAAGUGGUGCUUGGAUAUGGGUAUAACGUCUUAUGUUGCCACACCGACGAAUGUGCAGGAUCUAGGUAAUGCCCUUCUUGCUGCCCUCGAAACUCUCGCAUUCCAGUCAGCAGACACGGAUCCUAAAGAACACUAUGACAUACUGCUAGCUGAGGACAACGUGGUCAAUCAGAAACUGGCGACCAAGUACCUUGAGCAAUCUGGUCAUAAAUGCGAAAUUGUCGGAAAUGGUGCUUUAGCAGUCGAGGCACUGAAAUCCAGAGCUGCGACAGACAGAGCUUAUGAUUUGAUUCUAAUGGAUGUUUCCAUGCCUGUUAUGGGUGGUAUAGAGGCAACAACAGUUAUCCGACAGCUCGAACGAGAAUCCGGGUUUGAGAGAACUCCUAUCAUCGCCCUCACUGCACACGCUAUGAUGGGUGAUAGAGAAAGAUGUAUCAAUGCUGGCAUGGACGAAUAUGUCACAAAGCCUCUGAAAAAAUCAGACCUGCUUUUGACUAUUGCCAAGGUCGUCAGAGAGAGGACUUCAACUCAGGCCCUCAUAAUGUCGAGACCAGGCUCAAAUUUCAAUCAGCCUAAACAGUCUCAGAAGAAGCAGAUUACUAUGGGCUAG